UGAAGUUCUAGAAAUAACUUUUGUAACAUGCUUAUCAUGUCUUGAUAUGAAAAACUAAAAUCAUGGUGAAGAAACGGGUGAAGCAACGCAGGAUUAACAAUAAGCAGAAUGGAGGGAAUGUUAAAAGUGGGAAGAUUGUGGAAUAUGAAGUAGAUAAAGAUGGGGGUGGUGAGGGAGAUGCUAAAGUUUGUGAAGAUUCAAAUGAACCUGAAGUAACACUAAACCUCCCCCCACCCAUUGGUUUACAUAACCUUGGCAACACUUGUUUCUUUAACAGCGUUUUGCAGUCACUAAGUCAAACUCCUGUGCUUUCAACCGUCGUCAAACUUCACAUAAAACAAACUUUGGAUAAAAUUGAACAAGAAGUUUCCACUUCUUCCCAACCGACGUUAAAAUAUACUUUGGAUAAGUUGGGACCAAUGACAACUGCCUUUUCGAACUUCUUUGAUGGAAUUAAAGUUUCAAACACGAUGUCAACUCUAAAUAAACGACCAACAAGAACGAAAUCUAUUUCACCAAAGAAUCUGUUCAAUCAACUGUGUAACAAAAAUGCAAAGUUCCGGGGUUACCAACAGCAAGAUAGUCAGGAAUUCUUCCAUUGUUUGCUUGAAUCGCUGAAACAAGAAGAAAUAAAACAAAGAAAAGGUGGAAUACUACACGCACUUGGUCUUUAUAAUUCCAAAGCAAAAGAUGUUUCUGAUGAUGAGUUAAAGAAAGUGCGAGGGUACGGGGUUCAAAUCACCGAGAAAACGCCAACAUUUGUUGAAAGUGUGUUUGGUGGAAAACUUAUUAGUUGCGUUCAAUGUGAUGAAUGUAAAAUGGUAACCAAGGUAACGGAAUCGUUUGUUGAUAUUUCUCUUCCUGUAAUUGAGGAACAAACAUCACGAGGAGCGAUGCAGAGGAGGAAGGGGGUUGAUAAAGAGGAGGCAGAUCAACAGAAUAAUUCGAAGACUCCAUUAAGCAAACACGCUUUAAAAAAAAUGAAAAAACAAAGAAAACAAGCUCGUCGUGCAAAACCAACCAACCAGGACAUUAGUGAUGUCACAAUAGGGAUUGAUGAUGCUGUCGGUACAUUAGCCAAUCAGGUGGCAGAGAUGGUGUUGUCUGAUGCCAUGAUGUCACUCAAGUUGUUUCAUGAGGAGGAUGUGUUACAGGUCCGUGGAGGAUCCAUAGAUGUGGCAUCUCUUAAUAUCCCUGAGGAGGAAGAAGAAAGUCCGGAGGAUCAAAGUGAAGAAGAAGAUCAAUUGGAUGAAACUACAUCCGAUAAAGAUUCAACUGAAGAUGAAAUGUUGAAACCAACAAGGAAUCAAAAAGUAAACUCACUCUUCGAUACCCCAAUGAAGAAAGUUACUCCGAAGAAAAGUCGACAAAUCCCUGAUUUACUCGGACAUCGGUUUCAACCUGCUAGUGAGGAAUGCUCCGUACAAUCUUGUUUCCACCAAUUCACUAAACCAGAAAUUUUGACCGGGUCAAAUAAGUUUGGUUGUGAAGUUUGUACGAACAAACAAAAGUCAACGGAUGGAAGCAAGAAGACCGUUUACUGCAACGCAAGCAAACAAAUGUUAAUCAAAAAACCACCAGUAAUACUUGCUGUUCAUUUGAAAAGAUUUCAACAGGCAGGCUUCAACCUUCGCAAAGUGAACAAAAAAGUUGAAAUUCCAAUCGUCCUUGAUCUGUCACCUUUCUCUACUGUUGAUUGCCAGGUGUAUGCUGACAGUGAAUCACGUCUCACGUACGAACUUUAUGCGAUUGUUGAACACAGUGGGAGUUUAAGCCGAGGUCAUUACACUGCGUAUGUUAAACUUAAACCAACCAACGAUAAUUUAAUCAAAUUUAUCAACAAAGAAGAUAUAAUGCCAGACAAAGAUACAGAACCUUCAAAAGGCGUAUGGUACCACACCAGCGAUACUAAUGUUUCUAAAACUACCCAAGCAAAAGCAUUGAACUGUAACGCAUAUAUGUUAUUCUAUGAGAGAAUCAUUUAAAUUUUAUUCUUUUGUCUUAAUCAUGUUUUCUUUUUAUCUGUGGCCUUAUAGCAGGGCUUCUCAACCUCUGGGUUGCAACCCAAAUACAGAGCCUACUACGGUAGUGCACACAACCUUUGACUCUUAUUCAAUGUAGCAUAGGCGUCAAACCUGGGGUGGCAAGGUAGGCAGGCCAACCCUACAACUUCACUUUUAUUCCUGUAAGCAAAGGUGCCAAACCUUUGAUUUUCUGCACUUCAUUACAACUAAUAAGUUACCUAAACUAACUAUCCCUGCUUUCUUACAGUUUAAUAAGUUUGGCAUCCAUAUAUGUGGGUGAGGUCUUUCAGCAAACUACAGCAUAGGGGUUGU